AUGGUCACGCAGCGCGUGGCGCCCAUACGACCCGACGCCGCGGGCGCGUACCACGCCGCGGGCAAGGCGGCGCUCGCCGGGUCCCCGCUCGCCGUGGAGCAGGCCGAGGCGCUGAUGGACGACGAGGACCUCAGCGACGACGCGGCGCCGCUCGGGCUCGCCGUGAACACGCGCAACUACCAGGCGCUGAUCGACAACCUGGCGCGCAGGCGGCGCGCGGGCUCGGGCGCCUCGUCCGUCUCGAGCGGCGGCGACGGCGGGUAUCGCCGACAAACGCUCGCCAUGGGUACAGUGUACCAGCAGCACGUUGACAACCAGCAGCAGCUGGAGAGGGACAAGAAGCUCGCGCAGACGGCAGCUGAGGCAGUGGACGACCGCACGGUCGUGGGACUCCCCGUGGACACGAGGAACUACGAGGCCAUCGUGAGCGGCAGUCGCCCCAUUCGCUCGGACCCCGGCACCUUCAACCUGCUGAACAGACGCGCGACGGUCGCGACGAUGCCCCAAAUGCCCAUCUCUCAGCGUGCCAAGGAGGACGAGGAAGAGCUGAGGUCUCAGCAGAGUCAGCCCGUGGCUGUGGUCGGCGAUGUCGGAGAGGACGACGCCGUGAUGGGACUCCCCAUAAGUACAGGGAACUACGUGGCGUAUCUGGCAGGAGAACAGGGCUCUGGACUCAAGCAGGCGGGCCACCGCAACCGAGGAUACAGCAACUUGGCGCCGGAGAAGGAGCCCCGCGUGAGCGACCCGUAUCUGUCGUCCUCUCGGCGUGGAAGGUCCCCUCCGGACUCGUUCACUACGGCUCCUAGCAACAACAACAACAACAGCAGCAAGAACGACGACCGGCUCCCGUCCUGCUUCGACAACCGCCGCGCAUCGAAUGCGGCGUUCGUCCCUCACGCUGGUUGGGUGUUUAUCCGACAUGGCGCGUUCAAGACGUGGAAGCGGUACUACGCAGUGCUGUCCGGGACCGAGUUUAAGUACAGCAAGGGCGUAGGCCAGUCGCCGAAGGGAUUUGGUCUGCUGAGUGCGGUGAAGCGGAUGGAGGAUCUGCGAUAUGGGAUCUUGCUUGAGUUUGGUGAUGGCGGUACGUUGCAGAUUCGCUGCCCCAGUGAGACCGAGUAUGAACAGUGGCUGGAGUUCAUGGAGAAGACCAUCGAGCGCAACCAGACUAUUAACACGCAGUCCAAGACGUCGUACACGCUGACGGCAUCGGAGCAGCACGAAGGAUAUUUGUUCAAGCAGGAGAAGAACAAGGCGUGGAAGCGGUGCUUCUUCGUUGUGCGUAUCGACGGCUACAUUGAGUGCCGUGAUCAUGAGCAUGGACCGGCUGACCGCAAGUAUUCUGGAUAUAUCAAGGCCGUGUCGUUUGCGGACUGCCACGCGAAUGGACUUGCGAUCCAGCUCAGCACAGAUACAUCGAUGGUGUGCUACGCUGAUUCGUACGAUGAGCAGAUGCUUUGGUACGGCGCGAUAUCCGCCGCUGCCAGCGCGAACGGCAAGACGGCGCAGCCCAAGACAUCUGUCAAGAGCUGCUAUGUUCAAACAGCACUGUCGAACUACGCAGGGUGGCUCUAUAAGCAGGCUGGAUUAUUUAAGGGCUGGAAGCGCCUGUACUUCACGCUCCAUGGUGUGGAGUUGGCGUACGCGAAGGACACAAACUCGGAGACCGUGCUUUGCGAUAAGGCACAUUCGGUGGAGGAAUGGGAGGGCCACGCGAACGGGCUGUUGAUUCGGCUGAUCAGCGGGCGCGUCUGGAAGGUCCACGCCGAGUCGUACGAGACAGCCAAGCGGUGGCGCUCCGUCAUCAGCAGCGCGUGCCGGCACGCAGAGACAUUCAACCUAAAGAAGUACCUGAACAGCCGGCGUCGCAAGAAACUACGGCCAGUGUUCGGCGGGUGGUUGACGGAGGUGAAUAAGGGCUCUCGUCUGCGUCGAUUCUACGUGAUCGACGGCUCGACGCUGGGAGUUGCCAACGAUGUCGACAACCAGCUCGAGCGCCUCGGCACGGUCGUGGACGUGGGCUCGACGCGCGACCUGGAGUGCGGCAUGGUGUUCACGCUUGCCAAUGGCAACAAGCUCAAGGUGAACUGCGACUCGCUGGCCGACUCGAGGUGCUGGUACGAGUGCUUGAACUUCUCGUUCAAGCAGUGAGUUCUGUGCAAAAUUGUGGCUGUGGCGUCAGUCUUAGGGUAUUAGGACCACGGAGUCAAGGUCCGGCUGAAGAGCUUUGCUUUCGCGGUUCAUAGUGACGGAGGAAGGAAAAUAUUUAGUUGUUUUUUUAAGUUGAUC